ACUUAUUUCCCUAACGCGUGAAGUGGAAGUAAUCAUGCCUACCAACAAUAAAGAAAUCCACCCUUUAAAUUAUUAUGCCUUACUUGCAUAAAGACCCAUUGAUCAGGAGAUUGUUAAUACACUAUUCUAAGAGGUUUUGCAUAGAGUACAAUUUUUUGGAACCUAUUUAGCCGAUUAGUAUACUAUUUUGUCUUCUUAGAGCUUAUAAUUUUAUUUUUGAAAUUCUCGUUACAAUAAGAGCUUUAUUAGAGACCACUGUUAUUAGACUUUUAUUUUUGAAAUAUUUUAUUAGAGUAAAUUAAAAUAAAAUGUUCAUUUAGCGAGCAUUUUCGUCACAGCUAAAUCCCGGGAUUUAAGUAGCUAAAAGACCAGCUAAGCAGGUUCGGUGGCGGGAACGAUAAUCCCACCCCGCAUAACUCGGGCGAUUUAUUUCCCCGUGCAAAUAGUGCUCCCCAUGUGCGCGCGUGGGGCCCACCACCACCUACUAAAAUGCGCCACCGCAGCGCACGAUAGCAUGUUCGGCUCAGGAUAAGCCUCGGUAGUCGGUUUCCUUCGAUCGUCAAUGGCGAGAUUACCGGUUUCCUGUUUUAACUGUAGGUGACGAGCUCUACGAAAGGACAAAACAGGGGUCCCCACACCAGUGGCUCUGUCGUAAUUUCAUGGAAUAUCAGUGGCAAGGUUAUAUCUUGCUUCCCGUUCCGCGUGCCAGUGCCUCCACGCGUCGCGUUGUGGCCGGUCCACGAUGGUGCUCACGAUAAUCUAAUUUACGGAUACGCCACAACGUUACUCUUCCCGUCCCGAACGGUUCUAGGCCGUCCGAUCAAGAAUGAACGGAAAUGUACCUCGCAGGGGUAUAAUAGUAAACUAAGUUUUCUCACGCCGAAGCCGCAACCGGAAAGGAACCAAUGGUUUACUUCCCCAAAUGGUACAUAGCUGGGGAGAGGAAGGGCUCGAGAUCGCGCUCGGGAGCUCGCGGUGUGGGUAAAUUCGUUAACCUUAAUCUCUGGACUUACUUGACCUUCCUGAAUUGGGUGCCCGGCGCGCUGCGGAUGAGCCAAUCGGAGAUUAUUCAGCACGCCGGCUUGGAUUCCGCUGUGUAUCUACGGAUUUACAUCCUCGGCUUAAAGAUUUUUGUGCCGAUGACAACUCUUGCACUGUUGAUUCUUAUUCCAGUCAAUGUUUCUGGCGGAACAUUAGUUGAUCUUAGAAAAGAGAUUAUUUUCAGCGACAUUGAUAAACUUUCAAUAUCAAAUGUCAGUCCUGGAUCUCAAAGGUUCUUUGUUCACUUACUAAUGGCAUACUUGUUCACAUUAUGGACGUGCUAUAUGCUCUACAAAGAAUAUGAUAAUGUGGCCUUUAUGAGAUUACAUUAUCUGGCUUCACAACAUCGCCGCGUGGACCAAUUCACUGUGGUGGUAAGAAAUGUGCCACAUGUACAUGGGCACUCAACAUCACAGACUGUGGAACAAUUCUUUCAAAGGGUCCAUCCUGAUCACUAUCUUAGUCACCAGGCUGUUUACAAUGCGAACAAAUAUGCUAAACUCGUGAAGCAGAAAGAGAGACUACAUAACUGGUUGGACUACUACCAGCUCAAAUUUGAUAGAAAUCCAGAGAAAAGACCAACUACCAAGAUAGGAUUUCUUGGGUGUUGUGGUCAGCGAGUUGAUGCCAUUGAAUAUUACACAGAGAGAAUCAGCCAGCUUGAUAAGAAGAUAGCAAUUGAGCGUGAAAGAGUUCUUAAAGAUCCGAAAGCUAUAAUGCCAGUGGCUUUUGUUACAUUUGAUUCAAGAUGGGGGGCCGCCGUGUGUGCACAGACACAACAAAGCAAGAAUCCUACACAGUGGUUAACUGAGUGGGCUCCCGAACCACGUGACGUGUAUUGGCAGAAUUUGGCAAUACCUUUUGUUUCUCUUAGUAUUCGGAAGCUUCUGAUUUCUGUGUCAGUUUUCGCAUUAGUGUUCUUUUACAUGAUACCCAUUGCUUUUGUGCAAUCACUUGCGAAUCUCGAGGGUCUUGAAAAGGUCGCUCCUUUCCUCAGAACAGUAAUAGACAUAAAGGUGGUUAAAUCCUUCUUACAAGGAUUUCUUCCUGGUCUAGCGCUGAAGGUCUUCCUUUACAUCCUUCCAGCUGUUCUGAUGAUUAUGUCGAAAAUAGAAGGCUACAUAUCAUUAUCAUCACUUGAAAGAAGAGCAGCCGCAAAAUAUUACUACUUCAUGUUAGUAAAUGUAUUCCUGGGAAGCAUAAUUGCUGGAACAGCUUUUGAACAACUUUAUUCCUUCCUACACCAACCACCUACGCAGAUCCCGAGGACCAUUGGAGUAGCUAUACCGAUGAAAGCUACAUUUUUCAUGACGUUCAUAAUGGUUGAUGGAUGGGCCGGCAUUGCUAGUGAAAUUCUUCGAGUGAAGCCGUUGGUCAUAUACCAUCUGAAAAACAUGUUUCUGGUGAAAACAGAGAGAGACAGAGAGAAGGCGAUGGACCCUGGAAGUAUCGGGCUCCCUGAAACCCUUCCAACCCUCCAGUUGUAUUUCCUUCUUGGGCUAGUCUAUGCUGUAAUCACACCAAUUCUCCUUCCUUUUAUACUGAUAUUCUUCGCCUUUGCUUUCCUCGUCUAUAGACACCAGAUAAUUAAUGUUUACAAUCAAGAGUAUGAAAGUGCUGGUGCAUUUUGGCCUCAUGUCCACAGCCGCAUAAUUGCAAGCUUGUUGAUUUCCCAACUACUACUUCUUGGCUUGCUUGGCACAAAGAAAGCGGCCUACUCCACUCCAUUGCUUAUUUUCUUACCCGUCUUGACUCUAUGGUUUCAUAGCUAUUGCAAAAGCCGUUUCGAACCUGCUUUUAGGAAAUAUCCGCUAGAGGAAGCAAUGGAAAAGGACAUCAUGGAGCGAGCUGCUGAACCAAACCUAAAUCUCAAAGCCUACUUGGCAGAUGCUUACUUGCACCCAAUCUUCCACGCCUUUGAGGACGAGGAAAUGGGACAGGUCAGAGUAGACAAAGGUGAAUCACACAUUGCGUCGCCUAUAAGGAGUGAAAAUAAUUCCCCGUCCCCGCCACACUAUGUCUACCAUUACGAAUUCGAAGCUUGAACUGUUUUCUGUUCGAAUCUGUAAUUGUCAAUCCUUUAUUUUGGUUUCUUACCCUCUUUUUUUUCGGCUUUCUCUCAUCACUCAAAUUUGAUAACUCCAACCAAUUGUAUAUUAUGUGUAUACGAACAUUAUUGCUUGAUUUGUUAGUAAUCAGACUCAAAGCUAUAACCUGGCAGUUUUCGACUUGUCCCAAGAACAAUAUUUGGUUUGUUUUCAUUGUAUCAUAAUAACUCGUGAUAAGUGCAUUUUGAGUGUAUCCUCAAA